AUGGAGGCGGCCAGCACCGGGACGCUGCUGCUGGUGCUGCUGCUGCUCUUGGUGCUGACGCUGGCCCUGCCCCGGACCCCGGGCCACCUGCCCCCGGGGCCCAUGCCGCUGCCGCUGCUGGGGAACCUCCUGCAGCUCCGGCCCGGGGCGCUGUACUUGGGGCUCUUGCGGCUAAGUAAGAAGUAUGGACCAGUGUUCACCGUGUACCUGGGUCCCUGGCGGCGCGUGGUGGUCCUGGUUGGGCACGAAGCUGUCCAGGAGGCCCUGGGAGGUCAGGCUGAGGAGUUCAGUGGGCGGGGGAUGCUGGCAACGCUGGACGGGACUUUCGAAGGCCAUGGGGUUUUCUUCUCCAAUGGGGAGCGAUGGAGGCAGCUGAAGAGGUUCACCACACUCGCGCUGCGGGACCUGGGCAUGGGGAAGCGAGAAGGCGAGGAGCUGAUCCAGGCGGAGGCCCGGUGUCUGGUGGAGGCAUUCCAGGGGACAGAAGGACAGCCAUUUGACCCCUCCCUGCUGCUGGCCCAGGCCACCUCCAACAUCAUCUGCUCCCUUACCUUCGGCCUCCGCUUCCCCUAUGAGGAUGAGGAGUUCCAGACCGUGGUCCGGGCAGCUGGUGGCGCCGUGCUGGGGAUCAGUUCCCCAUGGGGCCAGGCCUACGAGAUGUUCUCCCAGCUCCUGCAGCACCUGCCGGGGCCCCACACACAACUCCUUGGUCACUUGAGCAUCCUGGCCACCUUUGCCGUCCAGCAGGUGCAGCGACACAAGGGGAGCCUGGACACCUCCGGGCCCGCGUGCGACGUUGUGGAUGCCUUCCUGCUGAAGAUGGCAGAGGAAGAGCAAGACCCAAACACAGAAUGGACUGACAAGAACUUGUUGAUGACAGUCAUUUAUCUGCUGUUUGCCGGGACAGUCACGGUCAGCACCACGGUCCGCUACGCCCUCUUGCUUCUGCUGAAAUACCCUCAGGUCCAAGAGCGAGUCCGGGAGGAGCUGACCCGGGAGCUGGGGGCUGGCCGGGCGCCAGGCCUGGGGGACCGAGCCCGCCUCCCCUACACGGACGCAGUUUUGCAUGAGGCGCAACGGCUCCUGGCUCUGGUGCCCAUGGGAAUGCCCCACGCCCUCACGAGGACCACCUGCUUCCGAGGGUACACCCUUCCCCAGGUGGGCGCCUGCACCCAGUGGUCGUCUCGGCCUCAGGCCUGA